UGAUCACAGGUGAAUGGUGAUAACUAUGUAGCAUUAUAAUUAUGUUAACAGACAGUUCUGAGAGAGUUUGACAGUGUCAUCAAACUUUGUUUUUUAUUCAUUAUUUAAAAAUAAAGAUCUGUCAAAAGAAUGUCACGUGAUAAGUUUAACAACAGCCCUUUGGCCACCUACAACUCCCUGACCGAUCCAAAUCUGGCGGGAUAUUUUGGCAACACAAGAAUGCGGCGACAUCUAAAGAAAUCGGGACUGGUUAGCAGAAGAGGUGAGAUAAUCUCUGAGAAUCAGUAUCGUCUCAACAUGGCGCGUAGAGAACACAAGAAACACGUCAAAGAUCUGCUUGCUCAGGCCAUUGUACACAAAACCCUUGAUCUUGAACGAUACCGUCAGGUCGAGAUAAAGAAGAAACUUGAGGAAAUAUCAAAGAUUGAGCUGGUCCGCAGAGUCCGGGCCACUCGGGGUCGUAAGGGAGACGAGGAAGUGUUGCCCUAUUUAUCACCCCGAUCUCACAGUCGCCCUCAGUCAGGAAAACCCUCAGAGAGUUCCUCAGGUCACCGCCGACCAAAGAGUGCACCUGCUCCACCACGAAAUAGGCAUCAGACCACUAAAUCAGGGUAUACAGAUCCUUAUGAUGAUCUUUAUGAUGACAAUGAUAAUUUUAGAAGAAUGGUUGUUUAUAUAAACGAGGAUGGCCGACCGGUGUCACCUCCGCCACCGUCAGACAGACACUCCUAUAAUAGCUCUCUACGAGACGUCCGGCAAGAAAAUAUUGACACCAGACAUUUAUAUGCUCUUGACUCCGAAGCCCUGCAGCAGUAUGCUCUCAAAUUAUCAAAGGCAGACAAAGGGAGAGAUGGGGCCUCUUCACCGUAUCUUAUAUCCCAGAUUCCUCAACCACCAAGACACGAGCGUGCAAGGUCGGCAAAAUCUCCGCGUAGAUCAGGACGAAUGUCUGCUCGUCCGGACAGCAGCAGACGGCAGGGAGUCAGUAAUGAUAGCAUCGAGCGAUCCCAGAAAGAUUCCUCUACAGUUGAACAUGAAGUAGAGAGUCCACAUAGUGAAGGUAACUUGAUGCUCCACAGACAGGAGCCGGCCAUGAUGCACCAGGGCGAGGUACAAACACUGUGUGAAAUCACUAUGAAGUAUCACGGUCCCAACUUGACCUUGCCCCGGGACCAGUUUGACCCAACCCAGGAGGUCAGCAUUGAGCAGCAGCACUGUGGGGGCAACACUCUACCUGUGUUUAAAGAGAGACUACAGGCUGGCAGUACAUUCUCGUUCAUAUCUCGUCGUCAUCGAGGAUAUCCAUUUAGUUUGACAUUGUACAUUGACGGACGUGUAGACUGUCGUGUAAGCACGUGUUGCGAGUACAAGCACGGGAUUGGCGUGAAGCUUGGAGGUAAAAUGGGACAUUUCAGUCUCACAGGAAUCACUGGGGCAACACCAUGCUACAAGUGUAAGUUGAGCGUACAGGCACCACCUAGAAGUCUGAAGUUGAAGAAAGGCUACAGGAAAAAGAAGACUCAGCAGACGGACGAGGUUGUUACAGUUGAAGGAACCCCAAGAAGGGCAAUUACCCCAAGUACCCCAAAGGAGGAGAAAAGUGAUGAUGAGGAAACAGUUAGAAUAGAAAGACAUGAAAUUGAUGAUUCUGAGGACGAGGAACAUGUCGAAUCUGCUAGAAACGUUGUAGUUUCUGUAGAAGAUGAUGAUACAUCAAAGGGAGGUAACUCUAUGAAGAGUAAUUUCAGGGGUGACAAGUUUGUACCUCACAAGUCCAACAGAGUUAAAAGUGCAGGUGUUAAUAAUAGAAGAAAGUCAAAGGAGGAAAUGGACAAAAAUGUUGAGAAAGUUACUGAUGAUUAUAAAGACAAGAAAACUGAAGAGAGUUCUCUAAGUGACAAUGUGGUAGAUGUAAAAGGUGCAGAACAGACCAACUAUGAUGAUACAGUUUAUGUUAAUGGCACAAAAGAAAGAAGAACCUCGGGACACAGUGUAGGCAACCAUGUAGAACAUGAUUCCUGUAACCAAGAUACCUAUAAUGAGAUAGGAGAGGAAAUAUUUAGUGAGUACAAUGAUAAAACUAGAGCUGAUGAUAUCAUCGAAGAAGAGAUAGGUGGAGAUUUCAUCUCAGAGAAGAAUGAAAUGAAGGGAGGUAAUAAAAUCCAAAAACAGAAAAGUGUAAGCAUUGAAGAAGAUAUAGCAGAAAAUAGUAACCUUGGCAACAAGUCAGCUGAUAUUCAGCGGGAAAGUGAUGAACAGAUAGUUGAAGAAAUAGAUACAGCAGAAAAGAGUGAAAGCGAAAUAAAGACAGUGUCUGACAAUGUUUACCAAAAUCACAGAAAGGAGUCUGGUCAGCCUAAUGAUAAUUAUGAUGACGAUUUCGAGGAGGAAGAUUCAAAAGAUAAUAAAUACGAGGAUGAUUUUGAAGAAGAAGAUGCACAGAAAUCGGACCGACGGCACAUCAUUGGUCUGCGAGAAGACGAGAACCGUAUAAACGGUAAAACCGUAUCAAACGAUGUUUCUGAGAAGGAGAAAGAGGACGAGAAGAGAGGGGUAGUACCUGCUAACAGAGAUGUCGAGGGUUAUUCCUCCGAGGAUGAGGACGUCGAGGGUCCAAGGUCAAAGUCUAUCGAGGUCACAGCUGAUAUCCAUGCUGAGAAAAAAGUAAAACGUAAAAGAUCUAGGUCAUCAUCCUCUUCAUCUUCUUCAUCGUCAAGUUCAUCGGACAGAGAGAGAACACCACGACCUACGACCCCCGAGAGGAAAACAAGGUCACCGGAACCAGUGAAAACUGCAGUUGUACAGGUACAUACUGCAAGGUCGGAGGAAUCUGCCCCGCCCCGGUCUGACCGCUCAGACCGCAGUACGACCAGUGGCUCCCUGACAACUGAGACGGAAACAACGAUGGAAUCGAACCGUCAAGAAUUAGUGAAACCUAAAGAAAGGCGCAGCAGUUCAAGUUCCUCUUCUAGUACUCUGUCAUCUGAUAGCGAGGAUGAGAAGUAUAAGAGAAAGAAGAGAAAUAAUAAACAGAGAGAAGAGAACGAGAGAAGAAGGAAUGAAGAACAAGAAAGGAGGAAGAAAGAGGCUGAAGAGAGGGAAGUAGAGAGAAAGAAACAAUUAGACGAAGAUGAAAGACGAAGAGCUGAGGCAGAAGAAGAGAGAAAGAAAAGAUUUGAGUUACAGCGCCAGCAGAGUCAGGACCGCUUGCGUAUGAUGGAAGAGCAGAGAAAGAAACAGGAGAUGGAGCGUCAACAGCAGCUUGCAGAACAAAACAAAGCCAAAGAAGAGGAACGACAAAGACGUAUGGCGGAAGAGGAACGCAUACAGAAAGAUUACGAGAGGCAGUUGUCCUUUAUCCAGAGUCAAAGAGAGAGUGAAUCUACGUUGAGUGUUGAUACUACCCCUCGUGAAACUAAAACGGAAGAUAAAGUUGAGGCUACACCAGUUAAGGAGGAGAGACGAAGAGAAGCAUCAUCAUCAACAAGUUCCUCUGAGAGUGAUUCAGAAAAUGAAGACAAAAAAUCUCCAUUUUCGCAAGCUGUGGCUUCAUUAAGGUCAGAAGCAGAAGAGAAAAAACCUAGAGAGGUUUCAUCUUCGGCAUCAACUGACACUAGUUCAACAUCUGGAAGUGAUACUGAGAAAGGUAAGCAAACACCAGUUGUACCAUCCAUGAAAACCAUAACAGAAGAAGAGAAAGCAAAAGAGGCACGGCGUGAGUCAACGUCAAGUGCUUCCAGUUCUUCUUCAUCUAGCAGCUCUGAAGGUGAACAUACAGUAAAUAAAGAGCCAGAACUUCAACAGAAGGUAGUUACUACUGCUGUUGAAACGCCUGUUGUGAAAGAAUCUCCAGAAACUGCUAAAGAGCCACAACCAGAAAAGAAACGAGCCAGCUCAACAUCGGAUUCAAGCUCAGGUUCAAGUUCUGAGUCUGAAUCUGAUGAAGAUAACAAAAAAGUAGAGGAGACAGUUAAAAAGGAAGAAGAAACAAAAGAAGUUCCACAAAAAAUAGAAGCAGUUGGGAAGUCCCCUCCAUCAUCAUAUCAAGCGAGUUACGCGAGUUCAGACGAUGAGUUCAGACCACCUGAAAAAACAAAAGAAAAAGAGGCGAUUGUGAUUGAACCAAAGGUAGAGGCUAAAAGAGAGAGAAAGUCAUCAUCAUCAUCUUCUACUUCUUCAAGUUAUUCUAGAAGUGAAUCUAUGUCAGACGCUGAGUUCAGACCACCAAGAAAAACGAAAGAAGCUAAAGAAAAGAAGAAAUCUUCAUCUUCUGAUUCUUCAGAGUCGGAGGUUAAACCGGCCCAGAAACCGGAGACACCAGCUCCAUUUGGAGGGAUACAGCACGAGGAGACGAUAAUUCCAGAAAAAGAAAUUCUGAAAUCUGAGACUUCUCCCCAAUCCACAUUGCCAGCAAAAGAGGAGAAGAAGGUGGAGAGUGAGGACAGCAGUUCUGAUAGUUCAAGUUCCGACUCCGAUUCUGACUCUUCAGAUAGUGAAGAUGAAAAUGAUAAAACUAAAGAAAAGAAAGGUUCGAAGCCUACCAGUGAAAGUGAGGCAGAAAAUAUGCAUGGAGGAAAUGAUCCAGAAAAUGUAGCAAAGUCCGGUACACCUGUAGAGUCCCAGCUUGUCAAGUCAGUCGUGCGUCAACCAAUGGUACAUUAUGGCAGCAUACUACCAAUGAUAAAAGGUUCCAAUGCUGUCGACUUGAAUGGAGUAAAAUUAGAUGAAAGUCAGAUAACAGAAAUAACCAACUACCUAGCUGAAGUAGAGAACAUCAAGUCUGUAACAUUACGUAACUGCUCCCUCGAUGAUUCCUCAUUCCAGAACAUUGCCUUGUCUCUACAGGUCACACAGUCCAGUCCGAACCUUGUCAAUUUUAGUCAGAAUCAGCUAGGAGCAAAGUCGCUACAACCACUAUCAGUUGCGAUAAAAAAUAAACCGUCAAUUGAAAUCAGGAGGCGUAAAGAUGUCGACCUCGAAGAUAAAGCUAAUGAUACUGGCUGUAACAUCAAAGAAUUAGAUCUUGGCGACAGCAAAAUUGGCGAUGCUGGAAUUGCUGAAAUUUCAAGGUUUUUAGAAUCCAACAAAACGUUGGUUUCGCUCAAUUUGAAUGGAAAUCGUGAAAUAUCUCCAUCAGGCUGGGAGAGGCUGGGGCAAGCUUUGAAGAAAAACAAAACAUUAAAGACACUAUCUUUAGAUUUCACAAAUAUUGGAGAUGCCGGGAUUGAUAAUUUGGCGAAAGGUUUGAGGGUCAACACAGGGUUACGUUCUCUUGAAUUAGAGAGUGCCGGUCUAACAGAAAAUGGUGGAAGAGUCCUGAGAGAUCUGUUAAAAUCUAACACAAGUAUAAUAGAACUAAGUGUUGUUCCAGGAAAUGAUAUCUCGGAGGACACUGCUGAAGAACUAAAACGAUAUUUAGCUAUGAACAACACAGCUACAACUUCUUAGACUGAAUUCUCUCUCCAUGUUUUAGUAUUUUAAUUUAUUUGUUCUGGAAUAUGAAGUCAUGACACCAUAUUUUGUUUAACUUGUUGAAUUGUUUAUAUAGUUAAUAUCUUUACAAACAUAUUAAGGAGAAAACUGUUAGGUUUAUUUGGGUCCUAUGGGGUUUUGUUUUGAUUUUGCUUUAGAUAAAUUUAGCAGUUUCAUGCCUAAAAUGCUGAUAAUUAUCACAACAACCAAUACAAGCUUAUUUCAUAUUGCUUUCCAAGUUUUGGUAAUUUUAACUUUUAUAGUUUUAGUAUUUUAUAUUUAAAUUGAGUAGUUUAGAGAGGAACAGAUUUUAUUUUUAUAGAUAAACAAGAAAAAAAAGUGAAUUAAAGUGUGUAAUUUGAAUCUUCUUGAAUUAGUUUACUUUAGCAGAUUUAUUAUUAUCGUGACAAAGGUUUCUAUGAAACUUGUCUGUUUUUGAUAUUUUACCAGAGGUUCUCUCUAUGCUUUUUAAAGGUUUUAUGGUAUAUUAAGAUGUUUUAAUGUAUAUUAAGGUGUAUUAUGGUGUUUAAGAUAUUACAAAAUUUAAUGGACUGGUAAAAGCCAAUUUUCCAUGACUUCUUGUUUUUCUUUAUCUUUUAAAGGUGUUGCAUUUAUUCUAGUUUACAACUGGGAUGUUAUUUUUGUCUCAGUUUACACCAUGCAGAAACUGCUUUUGAAUUAAAACCUUAUUAUUUAAAAUUUAGGAAAAAAUGAUUUGAUCUUUGUAUUUUAAAUGUGAAUGUUUUGAUUUCAGAAUAAUUUGCUAGACUAUGAUCUGAAUUUUGCUACAUGUAGAAGUUGAUCUGAUAUUUUUAAGUAAUGUUUGUCAAUAUUGUUGACCUACAUGUGUACAAUUUCAUUUUGAUUUUCCCCACAUUUUAAUACAGCCAGAAAAUGCAAAAGAAUUUAUUCAUUUUGUCAAAACAUAUACUACCCUGCCAGUUACUAUUUUAUUUUUGUUGAUUUUGACUUAUUCAUAUCAAAAGACUUUAUUUUUUAGUUUAAAAGAUUGAUUGCUCAAAUUUGUUACUCAAAUAUUUCAUUAUCAUAUAAACUUGUCUAUAAGUCUGAACUUUUAUAAGACAGGGGUCUUAUUUUAUCAUCUUAAAAUGAUAAAAAAGAAUCUUAUCCUAUAAAUGACUUGAUUUUUUUUUAUCAAUAACAGAAGUGGUGUCUGUAUACAUUAUAUGGCCUGUAACAUUUAAUUUAACAGGAAAACAAUUGCUAAUAAUUAUUCUGCUAAUUAUUCUGUUGUUUUUUUCCUAAGCUGGUGUUAUAAUAAUGUCAGAGCAUGGAAUUAUAUUGGAUUUAAGUCUUAGUUUAUACAAGACUUGAAUUUGUCUAUAUGUUAAGAAGUAGUAUGUUGAAAAACUCUUCAAGAUUUCAAAGAAACAGUGUUACACUGAUAAAAUAUUGUUGUUCUCAAAUAUCAUUUAAAUAAUUAUGGUAGUGAACAAUUUUGUACCAUUUAGGAUUUGUUUUAACCAUAAAGUAAUGAAUAUUUGUGUACGAUUCUACAUGCAGGUUUUAAAUUGAGUUUUCCAGCAAGUGCCGGUGGUAUAUUGGAGUGAAUAUUUGUGUACCUUUUAUGAAAGAUCAUUUACACAUGAUAAUAAUUGUACAAGCAAGUUUUAAAUUCAUUAUAAGUUCCCUACAGCAAGUGCUGUUGUGUAUGGUAGUGAACAUUUGUGUACCAUUUAGAACUAUAUAUACUGUAUCAUUUACAAAACAGUUUGUUUUUAGAACCCCCUAGUCUACAUAUUUGUAUAAUUUACAUGCUGUCUUAUUUAAUGUUUGCUAUAUCCACUAUCAUGUUUCAUGAAAUUCAAUGUACCUUAAACUUUUCACAUUUUUACACAAACAAAAACCAUUAUUUGAAUUGCAUGAAUUCUAAUUUUUUGCUUUCAUCUGAAAUUUUAUAAGUAGUUUGUUAAUUUUGAUAUUUGUUGUUUACGUGUUGUAUGAAACUUUGACAAGAAAUGAAAAUUUUGAAUGAACUACAUUUAAGGUGUUGGCCUAUAUUGCCAACUGUUCUGUGUCUGUAAAAAUUGAGCAUUUUUUUGUGUGUGACCAGGAUCAAAACAGAAGUCUGAGACAAUUGGCUGUAAUACAAUUAUUAUACACAUGAAAAAUUAGUUGUGCAUACAUUUACUGUAAGUUGGUAGGCUACCUUAAUAGAUAUCCUAAUACUUCCUAAUACAGCUUCAUUUAUAUCCAAGAUUUUUGUAAAAUUCAUUUAAUUGCUUUAGAAUAUAGAUAUUAUAACAUAUUGUCUCGUCACAAGAUAAGAUGUUUUGGCUAAAACAGAUAUCAAUACUGUUGAUAGCCAUUCAUUCAAAUUUCAAUACAGUAUAAUUGUUGCUUUUUAUGUAGAAAUUUAUAGAAAAUAUUAUUUUUAUUUAGAUUGUACAUGGAUUAUUGCUUUUUUUAACAAUUUUUAUUAAAAAGAUAAUAGCAUAUUUCUCAAAUAAUGAUAAAGAGAUAUAGAAGUAAUUGCUUUUUUAUGUAGAAAUUAAUAGAAAAGAAAUGUUUUAUUGGCUAUUGGAACUAUGGGAUGUUACAUGCUUUAUAUAGUUAUAUAUACACACACCAAAGUUUUAUAUUAUGUGGUCAUUGAUAUAUUCUAGAGGUACUGACCAUUUCUUACUCUAGCUAUUGCCUUGAGUUAAAUUGAAGAAAUAUUUUCUAUGCACUAAAGAUUAUUUAAUAUUUUUACAGAAGUUUACACUUAUAUUUUUAUGUGAUAAAGAUUUGUUUUUAGUUAAUCUUGUUGAAUUGAUUUUGCUGGAAUAUAUGAAUGGAUUUUUCAUGGAGUAGAAAAAUUUCCAAGGUUUAAACUUAUAAUUAUUCUUAGGAAAUGAAAGGAUUUAUUUUAGCUGUAUUUAUUAUUUAGACAUAACAAAUUGAAACAUGUGUUGCUAAUUUGUUUAAAGUAAUAAUUUAAUAAAAACAUAUAUUUCCAGUAUUGAUUUGAAAUUAGGAUAUUAGUUUUAUGUGUAAGAGAGAAGAGUGAAAGAUUGUGUACAGUAUUUAUUCACUUGUAGGACACAUUGUUUCCCCGUUUGUUAUUGAAGGUUUCUUAAUAAGCCUUACUUCAUAAGGCACAUCACAAGUGUAUAAUUUAUACCCCUGACUUAUAGGCAAAUCUGUCUAAUAGAGUAAAUACUGUAUCUAUAAUUUAUGUUUGCAAGUGAAUCUUUGUUUGUGUUUCACAACAUUCCAUGAACUGUAUACCAUUGUGAUAAAUUCUGUGAUAUUUGAAGGUAUAAAUUAUGUUUUCUGUUGUUUAUAAAUGAACUUUCCCAAGGCAUAUAAACUGCAACUUGUAAAUUAAGUUAUUGUUUGAAAAUUACCAACUUUUAUUUUUGAUCCCUUUAUACAUGUAUUUUUAAAAAUAAGCAUUUUGAAAAUCAUCAAUGAUUUGAUAAAGGAAAAUUUUAAUUGUGUUUAAAGAUCAAGCUUUAAUUAAAUAUUGACAUCUUAAAAUUCCAACAGAUUUAGAAACAUACAGUUAAUAACCAUUAAAUUAAAAAGUAAAUAUUAUGAAAGUACAUGUAUGUGAAACUUGCAUGCUGUUACAGAUAUUAAAAAGUUCAAUUCUGUAGAUAUAUAUACAAAAUAUUCAUAUCUUGAUAGAGAUAAAUAUUGUAUGUCUGUUUUCAUUAUAAGAGGAUGUAUGUGCUAUUUGUUUUCAUUUUGACAAUUGGCUCAAUGUCUGCUAGAUGAUAUUUGCAUUUUUUUAAAUCAUAUUUUUGUCAGCAUAUCUAAAUAUAAUAAAUUGUUCCUAUAAAGAACCAAUGGCUAAGAUUUUCUAGUAUGGAUAUAUCAAAAUAUUGUUAAAAAAAAUUUUGGUUUCUUCCUUCAAAAUUUGAAAAUCAGUUUGGACCAAAAACAAAAAAAAAUUUUUUUUUUUUUUACUUUAUAGAUUAUUUUAUUUUAUACUGAUAAGGUUGCUCAUGAUUUCUUGUAUUUUUGUAUAAAUGUGUACAACAAAAUAGAAAUCAUGUCAUUCAAAGAUAUUGCACUUCAUGAAAUAAGAUAUUAACUGUAUGAAAGUCACCUUACAAAAAUCUGUAGAAAACUGCAAUACAAAAUCCUUUAACAUGACAGCCAUAUAAAUUUGGUUACAUUGCCGAGUAUCAUACUUUUUCCCAAUAUUAAAAAAAAAAAGCAUUUAUCUACUGGUGACUUUAAUGCAUAAUUGUCCCAAAGUAUAAAUGAUAUUCUAUACAAAUUGAGAAGAAAAAACUUGGUUAUUAAAUCAUUGACAUGUAUCAGUGGUAGAAAGGGUAUCUUAAAUUUUCAUUUUAGAACAAUGUCGCACAAAAUAAAAUUGAUCUUCGGUUACUAUCAUAUGACUAGGAUAUGAUCACAUUCUAUUACUAGGAUAUGAUCUAAUUCUGUUAAGUAGGAUAUGAUUGAAUUCUGUUGCUAUGAUAUGAAAGGAUAUGAUUGAAUUUUGUUACUAAAAUGUGAUCAUACUCUGUUUCUAGGAUAUGAUCGAACACUGUAGCUUUAAGAAAUAUCUGUACCUGUUGCUAAGAUAUUAAAUGCAGUUGCUAGGAAAUGAUCAUGUGCUGUUGCUACGAUAUUAUAUCAAUCAUUGCAUUAAAGGAUUGCGAGAAAUUUCUCCACAUUGAAUGUAUGAUUUAUUUUUCUGUAUCUACAUUAGAAAAUAAACUAUAAAAAUUCUUGAAA